GAUCUUUCUGCCUCAGCCUCCUGAGUGCUGGGAUCACAGAAGUGUGGACACCAGACCUGGCUUUUAGCAGGCUGUUCUGAGUAGGAGGCUAGCAGAGGUUCUGCACAGGCCAAGCUGGAGGAAAGGCCAGGAAAAGUCCCUGGGGUAUAGACACUGACCUUGCAGACCUGGCCUGGUGAUCCAGAUGAGGCCCACCAUGCUAGGUCCCCCAGAAGAUGAUGAACCUGUCAUGGUGAAGCUGGAGGACUCUGAGGAAGAGGAGGUGGCUACCUUAUGGGACCUGAGACCGGAGGCUGCACGUCUGCGCUUCCGGGGAUUCUGCUAUGAGGAGGCAGUGGGUCCUCAAGAGACCCUGGCACAGCUUCGAGAGCUGUGUCACCAGUGGCUGCAGCCGGAGUUGCACUCCAAAGAGCAGAUGAUGGAACUUCUGGUGCUGGAGCAGUUCCUGGGUGUGCUACCCCCUGAGAUCCAGGUCUACGUGCAAGAACAGCAGCCAAGUAGCCCUGAAGAGGCUGCUGCCUUGGUCGACAGGUUCCGAUGGGAGCUAGGCAGGCCUCGGAGAUGGGUCACAGUCCAAGUGCAGGGCCAGGAGGUCCUGUCAGAGAAGAUGGAGUCUUCCAGCUUCCAGCCUUCACCUCAAGCCAAGCCUCAAACUCCAGACCCUGGACCUGAGACACCUCCUGGGGCUGUUCAGGAACUGCAGCUGGGCUUUCAGGUGAAAGAGGAACCAGAGGUUACAGAGGAGCCAGAGUUGCUGGAGUCUGGGCCCUUACUUGCACCUUCUCUCCUACCUGAGGAGGCCCAGGGAUAUAGGACCGCAUUGGAGCUGACUUCUCCCCACAGUGACACUGGGCCUGAGGGGCCCUUAUGGAGGGAGCACUCUGGGACCCUGUGGCAUGAGGAAGCUGGGGGCUUCUUCUCCCCAGACUUGCCAUCUGCCCACUUUUGUCCUGGCACCCACCCCAUCCUUGGCUUAAGCAGACAAGGCUUUUCAAUCCAGACAGACAGUGACUCCGCGGGGCUAGCAGCGCGGAGCCCACAUGUCCAAGUCCCCUGGGACCUGGAUCAGCCCUCCCACAAUAGCGACCCUGGCGCGGAUGAAGACCCCCGCCAGGCUGCUGAUCGCUGGCGUCCAGUGCGGGGCCGGGGCCGGCCGAGCCUGAGAACCGGGACAGGCCGAGGCGGUCACUGCGACAUAUGUGGCAAGGUAUUCAGCCAGCGCAGCAACCUGCUGCGGCACCGGAAGAUCCACACAGGUGAACGCCCCUUCGUGUGCAGCGAGUGCAGCCGCAGCUUCAGCCGCAGCUCACACCUGCUGCGCCACCAGCUCACGCACUCGGAGGAGCGGCCCUUUGUGUGCAGCGACUGCGGCCAGAGCUUCGCGCGCCGCACGCGGCUGGAGGAACACCGGCGCGUGCACACUGGCGAGCAGCCUUUCCACUGCGCAGACUGUGGCCAGCGCUUCCGCCAGCGCGCCAACCUGCUGCAGCACCAACGUGUGCACGGCGAUCCCCCAGAUGUGCACCCCGCACCGCCCACUGCUGCAGGCACACCCGAGCCCCCAGGCCCCUUCCCCUGCAGUGAAUGCCGUGAGAGCUUCCCACGCCGGGCAGUGCUACUGGAACAUCAGGCGGUGCACACCAGCGACAAGUGCUUUGGCUGUGCAGAGUGUGGCGAGCGCUUUGGUCGCCGCGCCGUGCUACUGCAACACCGGCGCGUGCACAGCGGCGAGCGCCCCUUUGCCUGCACUGACUGUGGGCAGAGCUUCCGUCAGCGCUCCAACCUCACACAGCACCGGCGCAUUCACACGGGCGAACGGCCUUUUGCCUGCGCUGAAUGUGGCAAGGCUUUCCGCCAGCGGCCCACACUCACGCAGCACUUGCGCAUGCACACUGGCGAGCGGCCCUUCGCCUGUCCCGAGUGUGGCCAGCGGUUCAGCCAGCGGCUCAAGCUCACCCGCCACCAGCGCGCGCACACGGGCGAGAAGCCGCACCGCUGUGCUGACUGUGGCCUGGGCUUUGCACAGGUGUCGCGGCUCACCGAGCAUCGGCGCGUGCACACGGGUGAGAGGCCCUUCUCCUGCGCCGACUGUGGCCAGCGCUUCCGUCAGCGCGCCAACCUAGCACAGCACAGGCGAAUCCACACAGGUGAGCGGCCUUACGCCUGCCCCGAGUGCGGCAAGGCCUUCCGCCAGCGGCCCACACUCACGCAACACCUGCGAACACACCGACGGGAGCGGCCCUUCACCUGCCAGGACUGUGGCCGCCGCUUCCACCAGAGCACCAAGCUCCUCCAGCACCAGCGUGUGCACAGCACAGAGUAGCCGCAUGCCGUGGGCCAGGCCGUGAAAGUGCUCAAUAAACGGGGGACAGAGACCACUGGUGUCACCUGUACAGUGUGCAUCCUUUGAGUCUUGCCCUUCUGUGGGGCAGCCAGUGUCGCUGGAGCACAUAGCACAAACAAGCCCCAGAGGAGAAAUGUUCUCUGUACCAACCAGGU